UCAAAGGUUGAGGUCAACCACACCCUCUGAGUAUAAAUGCCUGGUCCCGGGCUUCUGUAGACAUUGCAGUCGAAAAUCUCGAGGCAAACAAACUUCAACAUGUUCAAGACUCUUUUCUUCUUUUUCUGCGUUGUGGCCGCCGCCCUCGCUGCACCAGGACUCAUCGCUCCAGCCCUCAUCCCAGCCCCUUACACCAUCCACAAUGGAUACUCCGUCAUCAGCCACGUCGAACCAGUCGAACAGCACGGAUACACCAUUGUCUACUAGAAAACGCAAUACAUCGCAAUAGUUCAUCAGUAAUGUCGUCAU